UCUCUGGAUUGCAGCUGAUCCCAGGAACGCCUUUGGGAUCCUCAGGACUGGCAUUUGGGCGAGAUCAACUCAGACUCCCCAAGAGGAGGAAGCCACUAGAUUCCUGUCCCCGGCUCUUUCUCCUUUGUCCCCUUUGGAGCUGGGCCAUUUGCAUGAAAACAGUUUCUCUGGGCAGCAGGGUAGAUGAGGGAGGGAGAACGUGGGGACCAGAAGACCAGGUGGGGAGGGCGGUGGAGUAGCGGAGGAAGAGGAGGAAAAUUCACAUGCCCUGAGAAUGGAUGGUUGUCUGUCUGCCUGCCUGUGUGUGUGGGGGGGGGGGUUGGCUUUCUCUGGUGUUGCUGAGCUUGGAAAACAGGGUCAUAAAGUUCAGCAGCCAAAGCCCCUCCAGCCAGGCUAUCGAGCUUCCUUCCCCAGUUAUCCCCCAUUCUCAGUUCAGUCCAGCCAUGCAGAGGAAGCUGGUGAGGCUGAUGGAGUAACUGCCCUUUGCUGAGACCCCUGCAUGCCGGAUUAGGGAAGGCUGCUCAGCUGCGCCUUUCCUUGCCGUUUCGGAGGUCUGCUAGCCAACAUCACCAUGUUCACCAAAAAGAAGAAACGCAUUGAGAUCUCGGCCCCCUCCAACUUCGAGCACCGGGUCCACACGGGCUACGACCAGCAGGAGCAGAAGUUCACGGGGCUGCCCAGGCAAUGGCAGGGCAUCAUCGAGGAGUCAGCCAAGCGGCCAAAGCCACUGGUGGAUCCCGCAUACAUCACGGCCGUCCAGCCCGGCUCUCAGAAGACCAUCGUGCGCGGAAACAAAACUUCCAAGGACGGUUCCCUGGCCUGGCUGCUAGAUGAGUUUGAGAACAUGUCGGUGUCACGCUCCAACUCGCUGCGUAGGGACAGCCCUCCUUUCCCGGCUCGGCAUGACCAGUUUUACCAGGAGAACGGUCUGGGAGAGGCGCUGGGCAGGCCCCGCCACCACCUGCACCAGCACCCUCCCCUCACGGAGGACGACGGUGGGGGCAGCAAGAGCAGAGAGCCCAAGGAGCGGAACCGCCACGGGCCCAGGAACGACGUGGACUCGAGCAGGGAAAGGGGCUGGGACAACAGGACUGCCGCCCCACACUCCCGUGGGCAUGAACCUCACCACAAGCCGCACCCGCAGUCCGGCCAUCCCCGGCCUCCUGAGCACCCGAAGCCCUUGCCGGAACACAGUCACCGAGCGCCUGAGCGGGACAGGAAGAGGGAGCCCCCCGCCGAGCGCGUGGUCAAGAGGGAGCGGACGGAGGGGCCCGACAAGAGACCCAAGUCCACCUACACUGGUGAGGCCAGCCCACAGUCCCCCCGGGAAAAACGGCCCCUCUCCGGGCCCAAUAUCCGGACCCCGAAUAUCCCCGUCUCGGAAGGGGUGAUGAAGACCGCACAGCAGACCGGACGGCCUUUUAACACCUACCCCCGCGCAGACACCGAUCUUGUCCGUGGCACUCAGGCAGAGCAUCGGCCGGGGAAAGGCCCAGAAGCAGCCUCCAACGGACCCGUGAGCGGGAACAGCGGCCCCUCCAGGCCCCCCCCUUCGGGCCCAACCCGAUCCAGAAAUCUGGAGCCAUCGCCUCUGGGACUCUCCCAACACGCUUCGGACCCCCACUUGACCCACGUGCCGUCACUGCCAGCCCCCCAACCUCCGCAGCCCCCUCCCCAGCAGCCUGCGGCCCCCACUCCUCCGGCUCCUCAACAGCCCUGCUCCCCGCAGCGGGAGCCCCAGCGGGUCUCCCACGAACAGUUCCGAGCUGCCUUGCAGAUGGUGGUUGAUCCCGGAGACCCCAGGACCUACCUGGACAACUUCAUCAAGAUCGGCGAGGGCUCCACGGGCAUCGUCUGCAUCGCCACCGUCAAGAGCUCCGGGAAGCUGGUGGCGGUCAAGAAGAUGGACCUGCGCAAGCAGCAGAGGCGGGAGCUGCUCUUCAACGAGGUGGUGAUCAUGAGGGACUACCAGCACGAGAACGUGGUGGAGAUGUACAACAGCUACCUGGUGGGUGACGAGCUCUGGGUGGUCAUGGAGUUCCUGGAGGGCGGCGCUUUGACCGACAUCGUCACGCACACCAGGAUGAACGAGGAGCAGAUCGCGGCCGUCUGCCUCUCGGUGCUGAAGGCCCUUUCCGUGCUGCACGCGCAGGGCGUCAUCCACCGGGACAUCAAGAGCGACUCCAUCCUGCUCACCCACGACGGACGGGUCAAGCUCUCCGACUUCGGAUUCUGUGCACAAGUCAACAAAGAGGUGCCGAGGCGCAAGUCGCUGGUGGGGACCCCUUACUGGAUGGCCCCGGAGCUCAUCUCUCGGCUGCCCUAUGGGCCGGAGGUGGACAUCUGGUCCCUGGGGGUGAUGGUGAUCGAGAUGGUGGACGGGGAGCCUCCCUAUUUCAAUGAGCCCCCUCUGAAGGCCAUGAAGAUGAUCCGGGACAACCUGCCCCCCAAACUUAAGAAUCUGCACAAGGUCUCCCCUUCCUUGAAGGGCUUCCUGGACCGCUUGCUGGUCAGAGACCCAGCCCAAAGAGCCACGGCCAGCGAGCUCCUGAAGCACCCCUUUGUCGGCAAAGCCGGCCCCCCCUCCUGCAUCGUGCCCCUGAUGCGGCAGAACCGGAUGAGAUGAGCGAGCCGGACUCCUUCGCGAAGAGAGAGAGCCAUCUUCCCCAGCCAGCCCCGCGAAGCCGCUGGAGACCUGCGCACGAGGAGGGGGCUCUGGGACCCCACCGAGCCCUGCUUCCGGGGGGGGGGUGUCCCCCCAGUUGGUGUGGGCAGGAGGAGUUCAGCAAGCAGUCGGGACCCUUCCUUGAGGACUCCUCUUGGUCAACCGAUGACGCGGCCCCCAAGUGGACCCUGCGGGCCCAUCUGUAGCAGGGCUGCUCUGCGUCCCCCUAUUGUACUACUGAACUGAGGAGGGGCUUUGUCUGGGGUGGGGGGGGUGAAAAAAGGCGGCAACGUUUCUCUUGCUUGUCUCCUGAAUCCUGGGCUGCCCGCGGCUGUUCGGCACUGCAGAAAUGUUUCCUUCUCUCUCAGUGGAGCCCAGAGAAAGGGGGCCCUUGGCCAAAGGCACCCCCAGGGGAGGGGGAAGCCCCCCAGGCAGAAACCCAUAAGCCCCGCUCACCUCCUUCAGAGAGGAGGGAGAGCAGAGCCACCGGCUGGGCCCAGAGGCAGGAGACUCCCUUGCGCCCCUGAAGGAAGGCGCUGCAAUACUUUAGGGGCUCCCAGGUAGGGAGACGUGGCUCCAGAGGGCCCUGGCGGUUGGGUCUGGGGCUCCCGCUGGUUGGGAGGGGCCAUCCACGGGGCCCAGAACCAGGCUUGUCCCGGAGGCCCAGAGGCUCAGCGGGGGGGGGGGCUGGUGCUGCAGAGUGGCAUUCGGGGCCAGGGGUGCUCUUAGGGGAGGGGCAGGAAAAGACCGCCCAGCAAGCCCCACCCUUUCCCCCAUAGCGUGCCCAAGAGCGCAAGGCAAGGGGCUUCGGCAGUGCCCCUGAUCUCCAAAGGCUGGUGUGAGUUCUGGCCCCCAAAGACCCGGGAGGGCGCUGGCUGCUCUCUUGCAGCCUUGCAGCAUCCCUUGCGAGACCCCCUGGAGCCCCCCUCCUCCUCUGCUUUGCCCUGCCCCAGUUCCCUUGCCCACUCUCGCCCGCCCUUCCAGGCCCUCCUCUCCCUGUCUUGCAAAACCGGCUGCGGCAGGGACGUUCAUGGGAGGCGGGACUCCUUCCGGCCUGGAUCUGAAGUGGGGAGGCGGUGGGGGUCCUUUGAGGCGGGUGUCUCCACAGGUCCGCCCUCCCUCGGCUCAGAUGCCCAGGAUAUCGGGUGCUGCAGGCUGGGCCUUUGCCCUGCUGCCCCUUCAGAAACCCUCCCCCCAGCACUCCCAGUCCUCUGUCUUGCCGUGUUUUUACGAAGUGGGUUCGGCCUGCUGCAUGCUUCCUCUUCAGCUAAGAGCAGCCUGCCCCAAGAGAUUGCCAGUUGCGUGUGUGCAUGUGUGGGAUGCGUGUGUGUGUUCCACUUCUCCAACCAGUGUACCUCUGGAGCCAGCUGGUGGGUCGAGAAAGGCUCCUCUGGGCCCUCGGGGUGGGCUGACUCCUGCCUGACUCCUUCCCCACCUGGGGUCUUUGCUGACUUCUGGGGUCUCUUCCUCUCUCUCCUCCAUCCUCUGGCAGGGGGGCUCCGAUCAGCCCCCCCAGGGAGUUGAAGAGUGUUAAAUGGGUCUUUGGUGCUAGCCUUCCUGAGUUACCUUGGAUUCCUCCUUCAUCUCUGGGGAGGGGGGUCAGCCUCCCCACCUCUUUCCUCUCAGUAUUCCACAUCUGGGGGGGGGGCUCGGCUACCCCCCUUUCACGCCAGUCGCUCCCUUUCCUCUGCUUGGGAUAGCCGGUUGAUGCCUUUACUUCAGGAAUCCUCUUUUUACCUGCAGUUUUCUUUCGGACAGCCUGGCACCUCAAGGACGCAAGGAUUAUUUCACUUUUCCUGUGGGGAAAAAGACUUAAAAUCUCAGUUGAAGCUGCCAGGCCAAGGAGGGGGGGAUUCCUGGGGUGAUAAUCCUCCUCCUCCUCCUGCUUCCACACCCCUCCGUGCCACAACACUACAUUUCCCCCCCCCCCUUCUCUGAAAUAAAGGACUGGAAUUUUAAGCUGGAGGUCGGGAGGACCUGGCUUCAAACGCCCCCCACCCUCCCCGUCUCCUGGUUGCUUGAAGAAUUUUAUAACUGGAGGCCUCGACCAGAAAUGUUUUUCCCUCUAAAAGAAUGACUACUAAUUCAUUUUGUGGGUUUUGUUACUUUUUUAAAGAAAUUAUUUAUAUUGGGUUUUAUUUUCUUUUUUCUCCCCCCCCCCACUUUGGUAACUCAACGGUAUUUGUGUUGAAAUGAUUUUUUUUAAUUGCUUCGGAAAAAAAAACCCUGUUUAAUUCUAGUAAGUUUUAACCACGAAUGGUCUUGUAUAAAGAGUCUGGAUUUUGUGUCAAA